AUGAUUGAUAGUACGAGCACCAAUGACGUCAGGAAUUUGGUGCAACAAGAAACACGCAAGGGCGAUGUCAUUUCACCAUGUCGGGCAAUAAUGACCCUUUCUAAAAGUAUGUUUAAUGCUGGUUGCUUUUCGCUGCCCUACGCUUGGAAACUUGGAGGUUUAUGGAUGUCUUUGGUGUUAAAUUUCGUCAUUGCGGGCUUUAAUUGGUAUGGAAACCAUAUUCUUGUCAGGUCUUCACAACAUUUAGCGAAAAAAUCAGAACGUGUUUCGCUUGAUUAUGGUCACUUUGCGAAGAAAGUCUGUGAUUUCAGUGAUAUAAGAAUAUUACGGAAUAAUAGCAAAAUCAUUAUGUACAUAGUAAAUAUUACUAUACUGUUCUAUCAGCUGGGUAUGUGCAGCGUUGCAAUAUUGUUUAUAGCGGAUAAUAUGAAUCAUUUAUUGGGUGAUUACAUUGCAGGUGGUGUCAAAGUAAUGGCUCUUAUUUCAUUUGUACCUAUUCUUGCAUUAAAUAUGUUCACGGAAAUGCGUCUGCUCAGUAUUUUUGCGAUGGUUUCAUCUGUGUUUUUCUUGUUGGGUGCUUUUGUUAUUAUGCAGUUCACAAUACGGCAACCAAAUCAUUGGGAAGAACUUCCUGCUGUAACUAACUUUACUGGUGUCAUCCUAUUCAUUGGAAUGGCCAUGUAUGCUUUUGAGGGACAAACAAUGAUCUUGCCAGUGGAAAAUAAACUUGAAACACCGGAGGAUUUUCUGAAUAAUUUUGGUGUAUUACCGACGACGAUGUGUUUAUGUACAUUAUUUAUGAUUGCAAUUGGUUUUUAUGGUUAUACGGCAUUUGGGUCAAAUACACAGCCAACUAUCACUAUGAAUGUGCCGAAGAAGGGAUUAUACUCAGCGGUCAAUGUAUUUCUAAUGUUGCAAUCGAUGCUCGGUCACUCUGUUGCUAUGUAUGUCAUACUGGAUAUGUUUUUUGAUGGUUUCCAUCGGAAAUUUAGAAGUCGUUUUCCAAAUACUUUGAAAAUAGUUGUCGAUAAAGGAUUCAGAAUAUUUUGGGUGUCCGUUACAAUGUUAAUGUCCAUAAGUAUACCUCACCUAGAAAUCAUGAUACCCUUAGUCGGAGCAACAAGUGGUACUCUUUGUGCACUUAUAUAUCCACCAGUAUUUGAAAUGAUUACAUUUUGGAAUGAUUGGAAGGUCUCACUUAACGCUCGCCAAAGAUAUUUUAAAAUCUCGUGGAACAUUUUCGUCAUAAUAACUGGAAUUUUCGCAAUUAGUGCUGGAGUAUAUGCAAAUUGUUUGACCAUCCUCGAAAAGCUACAAAUGACAAAUUGA